UUGAAUCGCAAGAAGUUUUCGAUGUAAUCAAUGUAUGUUAUCUCAGAGGAGAGGUAGCUCUUUUUUCGGAACUCUCUCGGAACUUUGACAAAAGUAUAUGCAGAGGAAUGGACACCUUUGCUUUUCUCCUUCAUUACGAACUCAGUCAACUUGUGAUUCAGGUCCUGUCUCCGCAGUUCAAUUUGCUUUUUCACAUUCCUUUUCUUUGCAAAGCCAUUUGCCAUUGUUUUUGUUUAUUUUUUCCCCCUACAUCAUGCUUUCAUUUUGGUCGGCAGUUAUGCAGAAAUCAUGUGUGAAUGACAAAUUGACAAUCACCAACUUUAGAAGGUGGGCCGGGGGAGGGAAAGGAGGGGGAAUAUGUCCCUCUUUUCAUAAUCUCACAAUCCACCUCUCCACAGGGCAACUGUGACACACACAUCAUCCAUCAUUUCUGAUCAUCAGAAGAUAAAGGGUGAUUAUGGCCCAAAGCUUGGUCUGAUUACGGGGUCGGAUUAUGGGGUCUGAUCAUGGGGGGGCCCAAACCACACACAUCAUAUGGGCGUUGAAUGUCAUUGUGUCAAUUUGAGGUUUGAGCAUUAAAAUUUGCAGAGGUCCCAAAGCUUUGCCUUCGACGACAUCGCAGCAACUUUUCUGUGCGGGCGACUUCUUUUCUAAUGAACUUAUGACUAGAUGUAUUUCAUCUCACAUGCUCAGCAGAUUCAACCAGAUACCAUGUUACAUCCAUCACCAGAUUUACCACGCACUAACAUUUUCAAACUUCCCACAUCUCCACCCACCCUCAUUCCUGUCCCCCACAACCCCCUCUUCCUGCUUCCCUGGCCACGGCCUCAUUCUCGUCCCUCCCCCCACCCCCCUCCAUCCUCACUGGCCACUGGCUCCCUCAUCUUCCCAGUAGAAAACGUGGAACCCCGCAAUAGCUGAAUGUAGCUGAGAAAUGACCCUAGUUUUUAUAUGGGGGGCAAGACAGCAGAUCUGAUGGUUCUGGCAAAAGCUGCCCUAGGUUGGGAACAUUCCAACACGCUAUGAAUCGGAUCUUCCAUGACUAUUUAGAUAAGUUUGUCGUGGUUUACCUUGACGACAUUCUGAUCUUUAGUAAGUCUGCCGAGGAGCAUGCCCAACACGUUGAGACUGUACUUUCACUCCUGCGACAGCACAAGUAUAAGGUCAACCUAGAGACGUGUGAGUUUGGUCACACUAAGAUAUUAUACUUGGACCAUGAAGUAUCCGCGGAAGGGAUUAGGCCGGAAGAUGCGAAGGUGGCUAGUAUAAGGGGCUGGCCACGACCUCAGACUGUUACUGAGGUCAGAUCUUUCUUAGGAAUGUGCGGCUACUAUAGGAACUUCGUAAAGAACUAUUCUACAGUCGCCUCUGCUUUGACGGAUCUAACUCGACUUGACACGCCGUGGGACUGGAGUGAUGAGUGCGAGGGUGCUUUCAAGCGAUUGAAGCAUGCACUCAUGAAUCAUGAAGUUCUCAUGGUUCCCGAUCCUCAGAAGCCAUUUAUAGUGAUCACUGACGCAAGCCAAUAUGGCAUUGGCGUAGUGCUGGCUCAGCAGGAUGGGAAGAAGUUGAGACCGAUUGAGUACAUGAGUAAGAAGAUGCCAUCUACGAAACUGGCAAAGUCCACCUAUGAAAGGGAACUCUAUGCUCUCUAUAAGGCACUUGUCCAUUGGAGACAUUUUCUCUUGGGACGGUUCUUCUAUUUGAGGACUGACCAUCAGACACUCAAAUGGAUCAAGACUCAACCGACUCUUUCUGAUGCACUCAAGCGAUGGAUUGAGGUCAUAGAUCAAUAUGACUUCAAGCUUGAGUAUCUGAAGGGAGAGUACAACAAGGUUGCAGAUGCGCUAUCGCGUAGGGCAGACUACCUAGGGGCGCUAGUUUCUGACUUUGGUGUAUCGGAAGAAGUAACUCAAUCAUUGGUGGGAGCCUAUCAGGUAGACCCUGUCACGAUGGACAUCAUGCGCAAACUUCAGGCAAAAGACAAGGCCACAGAAAGACAGAGUGUUUCCAUGGAUUUCAUGGAUACCCUGGUGACCAGUAAGAGUGGCAAGAGGCAUAUCUUCGUCAUCAUCGAACGAUUCACCAAGUACGCUAGACUAGUUGCCAUGCCAGACACCGCAAGGACUGACCACGUCAUCAAGUUGUUUAUGGACAACUGGGUGUGUGAUUUUGGACUCCCAAAGUCAAUCGUUAGUGACAGAGAUGUCCGAUUCACAAGUGAGCUGUGGAAGAAGACUGCGGAACAGAUGGGCAGUCAACUUCAGAUGACUUCAGGGAAUCAUCCCGAAGCCAAUGGACAGGCCGAACAAAUGAACAGAGUUGUACAACAUUUGUCGAGGCAUUACAUCAAGCCCAACCAGGAUGAUUGGGAUGAGAAGUUGCCUCUCAUCGCCAACCUGUAUAACAAUGUUGUACACAACAGUACCGGCGUCUGUCCUAAUCAGCUACACUUGGGAUGGAAGCCUAGAUCAGCUCUAGACUUCCUCCUACCUGAAAACCGAUCCUCUGCAACUCCAGGCACACUUGAGUAUGGUGUGCAGUAUGAGAAGUUGUUGCAGCAAGCUGUCGAGCACAUCAAGAAAGCUCAACACGCAAUGAUUGCUUCUGAGAACAAGCAUCGACGACAGUCCUCAUUUCAGGUAGGGGAACGUGUCUGGGUCAAGGCUAGUGAGCUAGGACAGGAAUUCGGUAUCUCUAGAAAACUAAUGCCUCAGUAUUUUGGUCCCUGGGAAGUCCUGGAUAUAGUGGGGGAUGAGAUGAAUGGUCCUACCUAUGUUAUCCCUAUCCUUGGACACCUAUGCACUUACCCUGUCUUUCAUGCCUCAAAGCUUGCACCUUUUGCUGAGACUGAUCAAUUCCCUUCAAGGAGAACGAUGCUGCCCCCAACCAUGGAUGGUCAAGUGGACAUCGACGACAUUGUGGAUCACAGAGAUCUGCCUGUUCAGAAGCCAUUGGGUAAAGGAAGACCUCAUAAACCCAAGAGAGAAUAUCGCGUCAGAUUCAGGCAUCAUACGGAUCCGAAAGAAGAUCGAUGGUUCACCAGAGAGGAACUGAUUGACACAGCUCCUCAGGUGGUGGCAGAAUAUGAGAGGAUGCUAAAAGGAAAGGCACCUGUGAAGUAAGCAUCUCAACAGACUUUCGAAGCUAAUGGGGAUGGAAUGUGAGGAUUGAGCCCUCAAGAAGGGGCCUUGCCGUGAUGGACAUGUUCUGGGCUAAGGCCCCCAGCAAGCCUCGUGCCCGCCCUAAGUGAAGGCGGGCCAGCAAAUCAAC